GAGGUCACCAAACGAUUGUCUCUGCCAGCAGACAUCAGACUGCCGGAAAAUUUCCUUGCUCGACAGACACUCUCACUCAGCCCUGAUGGCCAACUCACCAGACGGUCCCGGCGGAAGUCUUUGUCUGAAAUUGGAUUUGGCAAAAUGGAGUCAUACACAAAGUUGGAUAAACUGGGAGAGGGAACAUAUGCUACAGUAUUCAAAGGCAAGUCUCGACUCACAGACAGUUUGGUAGCCCUUAAAGAGAUACGACUGGAGCAUGAAGAAGGUGCACCCUGUACAGCCAUUAGAGAAGUCUCAUUGCUACGUGACCUGAAACAUGCCAACAUAGUUACACUACAUGAUAUCAUUCACACAGACAAGUCCCUAACUUUAGUCUUUGAAUAUUUGGAGAAGGAUCUGAAACAAUAUAUGGAUGACUGUGGAAAUAUUAUGAGUAUGACAAAUGUGAAGCUGUUUUUAUUUCAACUACUUCGAGGUCUAGCAUACUGUCACAAAAGGCGAGUCCUUCAUCGAGAUCUCAAGCCACAAAAUCUUCUCAUUAAUGAAAGAGGAGAGCUCAAACUAGCUGAUUUUGGUUUGGCCAGGGCCAAGUCUAUACCAACGAAAACUUAUUCAAACGAGGUUGUUACAUUGUGGUAUCGCCCACCGGAUGUUCUGCUAGGCUCCACCGAAUAUUCGACACCAAUAGACAUGUGGGGUGUUGGCUGUAUAUUUUAUGAGAUGGCCUGUGGAAGACCAUUGUUUCCGGGAUCCACAGUGGAUGAUGAGCUUCAUCUGAUCUUCAAGACUCUUGGUCUGCCAACAGAAGAAACAAUGCCUGGUGUUAGCAAAAACCAGGACUUUGUCAACUACCAGUUCCCUCCCUUCCAAACCGAUAGUCUUAUCACUAUAGCACCAAGAUUGGAUUCUGAUGGCUUGGAUUUAUUAGCCAAAUACUUAAAGUACAAUCCUUUGAUUCGGAUAUCAGCUUCUGAUGCCAUGAAACAUUCAUUCUUUGAUUGUCUGGGACCAGCUGUGCACAAACUUCCUGACACUGUUUCCGUGUACACAGUUUCUGGUUUAUCUCUUCAUCGUGACCCUGGCAUUAGAUCGUCAUCAUUAGCUACAAUAGGCAAACACAGAAGGCAGAGUAUGCUAUUUUGA